UUCCCACCUUCCCCCCUCUGCGCAUCGCUUCAGCUCCUCACCCGGAACCUGAGAUGCUCCACUCAUGGCGGAAUCUGGACCGUGUUUGCCGAUCUGCUUAUGAGUACCCCUGGAUCCUCAUGGCAAGGAACGUUAUGUAUAGAUCUGCUUAUCAGUACCCCUGGAUCCUCAUGGCAAGGAACAUUGCAGCGGGGCAUCCCAAGCUGCGGUUCUCCCAUUGAGAUGACUGGCCCUAAACGAGGCAUCUCAUUUGAUUGCUCCGUUCUUGUUGAGUUCGACAUGAGGAUUAAGAAAGGUAAGGAGGAAGAUGAUGUACAACUAAUUGACGGGGCAGUAGAUUUCAACGAUGUAACCGCAGCCGCAGAUUCUUCGAUACCAUUCACGACUUGCUUUGAAGGUGAUUAUGGUGCGGUUCACAUGACUUAUGCAAUGAUUGAUGGAGUGGAAGCCACAAUAGAAGUCAUCAUAUCAAAGGUGCAGAGUGGAUUCAAUUUAUCUCUCAGUUCAUUUGUUUUUAUGAAAGAUUCACAUGAAAAAAUUCAACUCUUCCGUGGCACCAUUGGUGAGUCAUGUGGCUUGAGAAGAUUUGUGAUUGCUGUAGAGAAGGAUACUUGGAUGCAUAUGAAAUUGGAGGUAGGCCAGAACAGCUCAAAUCUUGAUCACUAUUAUUGUUCCUUCAAAACAGACACACAUGGAUGUGCCUGUCAAGAAAUAAUGCUUGACCUUGCCACUAUCUCCGUGAAGGCGACAUGGUCCACCCUGCCAUAAUUAGUUGUGCUUCAUAUUCCGUGUGGAGAAAUGAUUGUGUGUUUCAUAUUCUAUUUUUUUAGUUGUGUUAUUUGUUGUUAAUUGGCAUCGGAUGUAUGCAUGCCUCCUUAUUAGUUAUUGAUUUUUGUGCUGGAACCAAUGCAAGUAUAUAUUGUUAUGCGCCUUAAUUUCCUCUUUCAAUUCAAUGAGAAGAUCGAACAUGUUUUCUA